AUGCCCACACCGGAAGUGGCCUCGAUGAUCUUCCGAGUCAAUAGGCACAACAUCCGGUGCUUUAUGGUGGGGAAUAUGGCCCUUAUCGGCAUUAAGGUCGAGGCGUCAUGCUGGCAGGCGUGGCAGGGCUUGAAGAAUAAGUUCAAUCCUGUUAAGACUGUUAAUUCACAUUUUACAGAAGCUUCCAUCAUCCGGGUCUCAAGGACGAGCUCAAAGGUGGCCCUUCGCCUCAAGAUGUUAUGUGCCCUCGGGGUCGGCUGUCGGGGGAUACGAGUGACGCAUGAGGAGUUCCCUAAUCCAGAUCAUAAUCGCAAAUCCCUAAUGUUAAAUCCUAAAUCCCAUAAUCCUAGUAAUCCCAGUAAUCAUGGUAAUCCCAUCAGUCACAGUAAUCCCAGUAAUCCCAGUAAUCCAAGUAAUCCCAUUUAUCACAGUAAUCCUAGUAAUCCCAGCAAUACCAGUAACCCUAGUAAUCCCAGUAAUUCUAGUAACCCCAGUAAUUCUAGUAAUCUUAGUAAUCUUAGUAAUCUCAGUAAUCCUAGCAAUUCCUGUAGUCAUAGUAAUCCCAGUAAUCUUAGUAAUCCAUGUGAUCCUAGUAAUCUCAGUAAUCCUUGUAAUCCCAAUAACCCUAGUAAUCCCAUUAACCCCAGUAAUUCCAGUAAUCCCAGUAACCCUAAUAAUCCCAGUAAUCCCAGCAAUCCUAGUAAUCCCAGUAAUCCGAGUAACCCUAGUGAUCCCAGUCAUCCCAGCAAUCCCAAUAAUCCCAGUAAUCCUAGUAAUCCAAGUCAUCCUAGCAAUCACAGUAAUCCUAGUAGGCCCAGUAAUCCUAGCAAUCCCGGUAAUCCCAAUAAUCCUAGCAAUCCCAGUAAUCCUGGUAAUCCCCAUAAUCCUAGUAAUCCCAGUAAUCCUAGUAAUCCAAGUCAUCCUAGCAAUCACAGUAAUCCUAGUAGGCCCAGUAAUCCUAGCAAUCCCGGUAAUCCCAAUAAUCCUAGCAAUCCCAGUAAUCCUGGUAAUCCCCAUAAUCCUAGUAAUCCCAGUAAUCCUAGUAAUCCAAGUCAUCCUAGCAAUCACAGUAAUCCUAGUAGGCCCAGUAAUCCUAGCAAUCCCGGUAAUCCCAAUAAUCCUAGCAAUCCCAGUAAUCCUGUAGGGCCCAGUAAUCCUAGCAAUCCCGGUAAUCCCAAUAAUCCUAGCAAUCCCAGUAAUCCUGGUAAUCCCCAUAAUCCUAGUAAUCCCAGUAAUCCUAGUAAUCCAAGUCAUCCUAGCAAUCACAGUAAUCCUAGUAGGCCCAGUAAUCCUAGCAAUCCCGGUAAUCCCAAUAAUCCUAGCAAUCCCAGUAAUCCUGGUAAUCCCCAUAAUCCUAGUAAUCCCAGUAAUCCUAGUAACCCAGUAAUCCCAGUAAUCCUAGUAACCCAUAAUCCUAAUAAUCCCAGUAAUCCUAGUAAUCCCAGAAAUGGAAGCAAUCCCAGUAAUCCCAGUCGAGGUCCUUGCUGGAAUAAACGUGAAUUACCUGAUAAUGAAACUCGGCCCCUGAAACGCUCCAGAAAGAAAAGACGUCUGUGCGCGGCUGCGGGCGGCUGUGGGCGUUCGAGCAUCAGCUUCAGGCAGUGUAAUCAACUGCCGCCCGUGACAGUACUGGCCGGCCGCUGCGUCUGCCGCCCACCAUCGAUCACCGCCCCGCAGCACACGCGCUGCACGCCCGCCCUGUUUGCCACGUGCUCCCCAUACCUGCGCGCCCGCCCACCACGUGUAGCUGAUACAUGUGGCCACCCUGCUGACGAGGCGGCGUGA